AUUGAUUGCUAUUGAAAUAUACAUAUCAUCGAACCUCGUAUAUAAUUAUCGACUUAGAUCGCGUUAGUGAAUAACGGAAUUAAAUAAGUCAAAUGGAUUUUCGAAUACAUAUGUAUUUUGUACACUUAUUGAUCUGGUCAGGCAAUCAGAGAGACGAAACGAAGGAAGCGAAGAGAAGAGAGUGAAGCGAAACGACGCACAAUGAAGAAGGCAUAUGAGCCAACUCCAUUUAAUCAAGCAUGAAUCGAUAUUUAUAGUCGAGUAGGAUAAGAACUGUACACAUAUACGCUCAUAUAAAAACAGCCAAGGUUGUUAAGUAGAUAAUACUUAACAAGAUCACAAUGUGACUCAAUAAGAAUGAAUAAAUUGGCCUGUUCAGAAGCUAGAAUAAGGUAUAUGGGCUUAGCAUAGUAACCGACACUACAAUAGUAAUAGACAUUGGACUGUUCCAUGAACUGUGAAAUAAAUACUUUUAACAGAUAAAUCUCAAACAGUUGUAGGAAAUUUCAGUGUCACUUAUAUGAACCAUCUUUCUUUUGGAUAAAAUUUCAUUAUAAAUCUAGUAAUUUUUCACAUGUUAAUCUGUUAUAUGGAAAUAAUAUUCUGAUCUGGUUAAAAACAAAGAAACAGUCCAUAAAAAUAGUCAGUAUUACCGGAUGUCAAGUUUUUCUAUAUUAAAAGACUAAUAUUUGGACGAAGAAUAUUCUCUUCAGGUUCUACAAUUAUAUAUCCAAAUUAAUAAUCCAAAAAAUAACCAAGUUAAGGGUCAAGUACAUCGUUUAAAGUUAAGUCAUGUGAAUUUAAGAUUGUCGAAGAGAAUACUAAUUCACUUGGUAUUGUUUUACUUGGAUCUUCCCAUUGAUGUUUAGGACUGCAUUUUAUCAGUCUCUUAUUGACAUAUGUGCAUACUGUACGUAUUGCCUCGAUAUUGCCUCCAUCUUUGCUUAUAUAAGACAAGAGUAUUGUUAAUGUUGAUAGGAUUCAUUUAGAAUGUUAACUUGAAUCUGCAUAUAUAUGUUAAGUGAAAAUUUAAGAUCCAUGAUCAAGAUAAAUAUGUCAGAUAGGGUGAGAGAAAUAAUAGUGCAAUCACAAUUCGGUCAGAUGUUUAGUGGAAGACCAUAUUAUGUAAAAAAUUAAUAGGACGUAAUGAGGUGCGAUGAAUACAGAGUAAAUAAAUCAUGUAUUGGGGAGAUUAAUGAUGAUGUUUAACCAAUAAUAAUAAUAGUAAUAAUAAUAAUAAUACAGAGAUUUGUGAAUGAAGAUAACAGAGACAAUUACAUUUGACUACGAAAGGUCGUAAGUACAAUAGUCAAAUUAGAUCAUUCAAUAGCUAAGAUUACUAUUGAUUAAUUGGCCUUGAUGUUGGCCAGGGGAGGAGGAGGAGUAGUGGUUGGAGAUAUUUCUUUUGUAUGCAUAACUCCGGUUUCUUAAUCCGGACAGCUACUGCUUCAGCUGUUUGUAGAACUUUAGUUCUGACAAGUUAUGACGAAAUUUACUGACCUUAUAAAUAAUUGAAAAAGAUUGGUUUAUACUGGGACAAUGAUCAGUUUGUACUCAAUGGGCGAAUAUCGAUCUGUUCACUUUCUUCACUAGACCUUUGCUUAGCGACUGUGGGAGGUGUUCGCGAGCAUGGAAAUGUAAAUUCUUAGAACUUUGACCAAUAUAAAUUGCUCCAUAGGAGCAGUCGAAGUGAUAAAUACAAAAUGAAGUUAUCAUUCUAGGUAAUUCAUCUUUUAAUCAUUGAGCGUGUAGAAAACACUAAUCGCUUUUCAUCGGUGUUGAAAUAUUUUUGUCUUGCGUAAUCUUUGAGUUAAUACUUCAUUAGCCCCAUCCUCUUUGAAUUGUAAGCGCAUGACACAGGGAUUUCUUAUUCAUUGUUUGUAUUUCUCCUAUUCUCACUUUCGUGAUUAUAUAUUUAAUUAUAAACUUUCUAGGGUAACCAUUCUCCCUUCCUCUUCUUUCAUAUUAUUCACCUAAUUAUUCAUCACAUUAAGUUGUUACAUUUAUAAUGAUUAAUAUAAUAUCUAAUUAAUUUAAAAGUUAAUUUCAUCAUAAAUAUUUGAUUCUUUUCAUUAUUCCUCAUAUUAUCAGUAUAAUUAAGAUUUUAAAAUAUGUUUAUGUAAAGUUCUAUAUAAAGAUAUUUCGGUGAGACUAUAAUUUAUGGACGACCUUUGAGCGACACUGAAACGACCUUGAGAGGGUCUACCUAAUAACUAGAACCAAAUAAGAGUUAUAAACCAGUGUGAGGAAUUAUAAUUAUGAUUUACAGUUGAUGGUUAAGGUUAGGAAUUAGAUUCAAGGUUUUCAUCAGGAACUGACAUCAGCUAUAAUGACAAAACUCGAGUUGGUCAAAUGGAUGAGUGAACGUCUCACUAAAAUCCGAGACCUGUGGUCUUAUACCUGACUAGUUCGUCCACAAAUUAUAAUCUUGCCGAUAUUUCUCUUUUUCUCAAUCAAUUUGGGUGAAUUUGAUUCAAUCUAAAAGAUAUUUUCUUUUCAUAUUUCUCAAUGAUCAUAUAUUCCAUUCCUUUUUUUCUUCUUUUUCUUAUUUCCAUCUAUUAUAUUUCAUAUAACUUUUGAAAUCACUAAAUAUUAUUAAUUGAUAAAUCAAUAUAUAAUGUUCAUGAUUACCAAUUAGUAACUUAUACUUGUUGUAAAGAUUAUUCAUUUAUGGAAUUUGAACUUAAAUAUUAUUUCAGUGGUUGAGAUCAUGAGUCAAUUGAAACUACACCACCAUGGAAGCAGUGACCAGUGGAGUUUAAUCGGGUCUUUUGCGAGAUAGGAACUCGCUGAUAACAGUGGUGGAUGUAUCGCUAAAUUUUGUGGAUUAGUUGAAGUAAGACAUUAACACCGCUGGAUGCCGACCGGCUUAGUGGUCUUGAGGUUAAGCGUUCGCGCGCGAGACUGAUAGGUCCUGGGUUCGAGUCCCGCGAGGCGGAGUCGUGGAUGCGCACUGCUGAGUCGUCCCACACUGGGACGAAACGGUCAUCCAGUGCUCCCAGGUUUUCCAUAGUGGUCUAGCUUCAAUUAACUCAUGAUCUCAACCACUGAAAUUACUAUAAUAUCCACAAAAACCCUUCUGAUAUCAAAUAUUAUUGUACAUACUAUUUGAAUCAAUUACUUCUUUUAAAAAUAAUAUUAGUAGUCAAAAUUUAUUCAGUUUACAGUAAAAUAUAGAACAGAUAAAGUGUUACCAACACCUGAAAUCUAGAAAACCUGUUUCGUCCUAUUUGAAACUCAUUAGCUGGAUGCAAGUUUUGAUCAAAUUUUAGUCAAAAGAUCAACAACAGAUUGAUCUAAAUCACCACAAAUUAAAUUGAAAUUUUUACUUGUUACAUAAACAAGUGGUCAUUUGAAAACAGUAACUAGAUGGAUAACUCGGUGAUGUUUAAAAGAAAAUGCACUGGGUCUGAAUUCUGGAGUAGACAUCAGCUCAGAUGGAGGUACAUCCAGCUAACGAGUCACAGAUAGGACGAAACACUUCCUGUAUUCUAAUGCUAACAUCACUCCACCUAUUCUAUGUAAACUUGUAUCACCAUAUCGAGGCGAUCCUCACAGGGUGAACAUAUACUAGCUAAAACCUACCGAAAUUCCGUCAAAACACCAACAACGGAAUUAUUCAGAUCAUCACAAAUUAAAUUUCAGUAAAAUAAUUUUUAGAAAUUACAUAUAUUUUGUGUAGCAGAAUCCGCAUAAAAUGUAUAAAACGGGCCGUAAAUGUGAAUCUUUUCCUGAAGCCAUUCAACGCAUAAUAAUAAAGUAUCGAUAUGGUUAUAGUAUCUCAAUCGGUAGAAAGUUGAAGUUCUGAUAUUUUACGGUCAAGCGUAAGUAGCUUCUUCAGAGAAUAAAUAAACAUAAUGAUAUUUGUUUGAAUUAGACAAAAUAUUUCGAUUCAUACCUCUGUACUAUUUUACUUUUGUUAACUGAAAAAGAGAAUUACACUACAUCCUGCAAUGUGAGAAAUUUCAUUUGCUAUUCAUUGAGAUACUACAGACAUAUUGUUACUUUUUUAUUGUAAACAAACCAUCCAAUUUCAAUAGUUGAAUUAAUGAGUCGAUGUAAGCUAGACCACCGUUCAUAACCUGGAAGCACUAAACGGACGUCUCGUCCUAGUAUAGGACUCGUCAGCAAGGUGCAUCCACGAUCCCGCACGCGGGAUUCGAACCCAGGACCUUCUUUCUCACGCGUGAACGCCCAACCUCUAGAUCACCGAGCCGAUAUCCAACGGUGUUGAUGUAUAACUUCAAUUGAUCUAUGACCUUGCGUAAUUAUUCAUCCGUUGUUUGAGGUAGAUACCUGUCUCUACCCGACACGAAUUGAACUCUACUGUUCACAGAUAUCCAAUGCUUUCAAGUCUUCAAUGGUGCUCUAACAUUAGAUCGACUCAUUAAUUUAACUAUUAAAAUUACUACAAUCUCCACAGAUUGUUUCUUUUAUAACAACCGACUGAAUUCCAUUUACUUUUAUUUUGAAGUACAACUUAAACAGUUUUGAUUAUCAGCGAGAUAAACACUUUUUGUCAUACCAUUUAAUCAAUUACAUAUUUUAAAAGAAUAUUAUUUAACGUUUACAACUAUCUGUCAUCACAAGUUGUUUCACAAGUGGAAUGAUGCAAAAUUUAAAUCUUUUUACUUCUACAAAAUAGUCAAUGAUGAUGAUGAAUAUUGAAAUGAAUCCAAAAUCAUAAUUAAUCCUUUUACUAAUAAACUUUUGUUUCAGAUUAGGUUACUCUAAUGGGUAUUUUUUUCUUUAUUCAUUGUUUUCCCAAGAUCAUCAUUUUUCAUUUUUAAAAAAUUAUAAAACAACAACAACAGCAGCAAUGCUGAUUUGAUUGAUCCCCUUUUCCCCCUACUUAGUUAUAUUUAAAGUGUUCAUGUAACAAAUGUUUUGUAACAAAAUAUGUGUGCUUCUUUUGAGAUUGCACAUUCCUCAUUUUAAAGAUUUCAGUGAUAAUCUUAUGUAUUUACUUUAUAUUUUCUUUCUAUUCUUUUUUAAUCUUUAGGUAGCCCAUCUCGAUCAAGUCGUUCAAAUAUAAAAUUUUCCAGUCCAUAUAAUAAAAAAAUUGAAAAAAUUUAUGCAUCUACACCAUUUAGUAAAUUGCAAAAUAUGUUAUCUGAUUCAUCAACACAAAUUGUAUCACCAUUAGCUACUGGUGUUUUCACUGAUGAAGGUGUAACAUGUUAUGCUUUAUCUGGAUUACAAUAUCGUCAAAAAACCAAUGGUACUACUACGAAUGAUAAUAUCAAUAGUAAUGAUCAUGAUAAUAAUAAUAAUAAUAAUCAAUCUAUUAAUCUUCAUUCUAAAACAUCCACUUCAUUAUCUGUUUCAAGAGAAAUGAAUAAUUGGACUGGACCAGAUUCAGCUGAAACAUAUCGAUUAGAAUUAUUAUUAGCUAAUAAUGUAUUAAGUAAAAAUGAUGAGAAAUUGUUUUAGUACAUUCAGAUAAACCACUUGAAGAUUUAUCACAUCGAAUAUCUUGUUUAAGUAAGUAAAUAUAUCAAGAUAAAAUGAAGGCGAAUGAUAUAUAUUUUUUACGUUAAAACGUUAACUUACUUACUUACAUGUGUUACUUCCAAUCGAGCAUAGGCUGACGACCAGCAUUCUCCAACUCACUCUGUCCUGGGCCUUCUUUUGUAGUUAUAUCUAAUUUUUGUUGAUUCUUUUCGUAUGUCUCCAUUUCUCGACGUGAUGUGUUUUUCGGUCUUCCUCUUCUCCUUUGGCCUUCAGGAUUCCAUGUGAGGGCUUACCUUGUGAUGGAGUUGGGUGCUUUCCUCAAUGUGUGUCCUAUCCACUUCCAGUGCUUCUUCCUAAUUUCUUCCUCCGUUGGGAUCUGGUUUGUUCUCUCCCAUAGUAGGUUGUUGCUAAUAGUGUCUGGCCAGCAGAUUCGAAGUAUUUUGCGUAGACAACUGGUAAUGAACACUUGUAUCUUCUGGAUGGUGUCUUUCGUAGUUCUCCAAGUUUCCGCCCCAUACAGUAGAGCUGUCUUGACAUUUGUAUUGAAAAUUCUGACGUUGGUGUUGAUUGACAGUUGUUUUGAGAUUAUGUAAUACUUACUUAAAAAUAUAAACUAGUUUAUUAAACAUUAUAAGUAAGAAACUGAUCAUUAAAAAAUAUAAUUUAAUAUACGGAGAAAAUCUUAUAUGAUAAUCUCAUGAAAAUAUGGUUAUCAGAGCAAGACAAAACGGAUAAUUGAGUUAUUUUGGAUACGUCAAUUCAGUUUAAAUCUUUUUAUCGCAACAGCUUUGACAAGGUGUUACAAAUUUGAAUCCAUUUGUUUAUUGAUUAUUUUGAAAGAUUGUGAAACAUUAACAUGCUUUCAACGGCCAAGUAAAUGACGAUCCAUUGCAUUUUUGAAAACUUUGUUUGUUUAGUAACAAUUUUUGUGGAGUAUUUUUGGAGAUUAUUAUUAUCAUUAUUAUUACUAUUAUUAUUAUCCUUUCUGUGUUUCCGAUUUAUAUGCUUUAGUACUCACAUCAAGCUGGUAAAUAUAACUGUAGGUAACCUAAGGCAGGAAUCUGUGUAAAAUUGGUUGUCGUAAUGCGUAUUUAUUUUUGUAUAAAGAUAAAUAUUUGGCCUCUGGAUAUAUCAUUAUAAUUUUUUCCGUUUAUCUAAAAUUAAUCUUUCCAGCUAUUUUAUAGCUUUUGAAGUCAAAUUUACAGAAGAAAGGUCUAUUUCUAAUUGUUCCGUAUUAAUUUGUGGAUUUUCGCAGAUACCCGUUAUCACGACGUUCAGUUGUUCAUUGUGUAUUGUUUGUUUGAAUCUUCUCAUUGAUGUUUAGGGCUGCAACUGAUUAGUCUUAAACAUCAAUUGGAAGAUUUAAAUGAACAACACAAAAUGAAUUAAAACUCCACCCCAUCUCACAAGCUAGUGGCUAUCAGGGCUCAGUAGCUAAAUAGAUAACUCUAUAGUGUUUGAUACGAACGAUACUGUGUUUGAGUCCUGGAGUAAACAUUAACUUUAAAAUACAGGUACAUCUAAAUGACGAGUCCCAAAUUAAAAGAAACGGGUGUUCUAGAUUCCAUUGCUAACCAUUGUCUAUCUUUGCUUACGACAUUUAACUAUGGCUAAUUCGUUUUCCAUUCUAUCCAAACUGUUGUCUAUUAUUAUUGUUAUUAUUAUUAUUAUAUCUCCACAUAUUAGCGCAAUUUAUUCAAGAAGUUAAUGAUUUAGUGUUUUUGGAUGAUUAAUAUCUAGGGUUUUAGGCUGUAAGCAAAUGAGGAGAAUCUCCAGAAUAAAUGAAUCCAUGUUACUUUGCUAAGUUGUUUGUUUUUUCUAUUUAUUGAAAUUUACAAAUAAGACGAAUUGUAUGAAAAGCUAUUUCUUGACCAACUGUUCGAAUUCAGUCUUAAUUUUGUUUAAUUAUCGGUUAUCAGAUUCUAUAACAAUCUAUUUAUUUAUUAGCUUGUUAUUAUUAGUGUCUAAUUAGAAAAAUACAUUGUACUAAAUAAUAAUAGUGAAUCAAAAAGCUUUUGAUUGUGGUUACUCCCUCCCUUCUAAUGCUUUACAUUUCCUCAUAAUCAUCGUAACAAGAUUAAAAAUAUACAUUUUUCCCAAACCACCCAUUCUACUGAUUCUCAUUCAUCUAAAUCUAAAAUAAAAUGAAUUUUUAUAUGUUUAACACGGUGAAAUGUGAAUAAUCGUGUGUCAUUUAUCCCUAUUAUAGUUGAGUGCAAUACUUUAGAAUUGAAAAAGAAUAACAAUCGAAAAUAAAUAUUUGUGUUCAAUUAAUUAAAUUGUUGGUAAAUCAGUCAUUGCUAGUGGAUCUUGAUCAAACUCUCUUCGUCACCAAUAUUAUUAUUUUAAUUUUACUCCCAAAUAUAUACGUAUUCUACCAAUAAUAAUCUACAAGGUACGUCAAUCGUACAAGUGUAAGGAAUACAUCUAGGUUGAAUGCACUAAAGCUAAUAGAAUGGAGAAAAACUCCGGAAUAUAUCAUUUUUUUCGUUUUACAUUUAUAAUUUUGUAUGAAUAAAUAAUCUCUAGAGUUUUGUCUCUUUUGUAUCUCUCUCUCUCUCUCUCUCUCUGUUACAGUUGCUUCAAGCCCCAACUUACAUGACAUUAAGAAUCCUGAUGAAGUGGAUUACAUAACAUGGCAACUACUUGGAGUAUUUGCUUUUACUUUCGUCACAUUAAUGAUAUCAUUAACAGUAGCGUUUACUUGUUUACACCGUGAAGGAUGUGAUUUUGUUAGUUUCAUAAAACAUACUAUUGAAUAUUUUAAACGUUGAUAAGUAAACCAGACGGAAGGAAAUCAUCAAUAAACUGGUUAUAUAUAUAAAAAUGAUUUUUUAUCUUGUAUUUCUUGCACAUAACUUCCAUUUUCAUUCCAACACAUUUUCAUGUAAGAUUUAUUUUUAAAUGGCUAAGCAAAAUUCUGAUUUAUCUCGAUGCUCCAUUUUGCCUUCUUUGAAUGAUAUUGUUAUCUAUUGAUUUACUUCCUAUUAUUAUAAUCACAAAUAAUCAGAAUAUUGACAUUUUAAUAAACUGAUCAUCAUUCA